AUAGACUGUUAGGAAAAAAAAAAUCUCCAAAAACAUGGAGAUCACUCUACUAACAGGGACUAAAAUGAUACUUCCAAAAUCUACCAUUUGCCGUUUCUUAAAAAAAGAAAAUACAAUUAUUUUUAUAGUAUUUAUUUUAUUUUAGAGCUCAUCAACUUCUUGUACUGAGAGAAAAAGACAGCCAGAAAGACUAUAAAAAUAAGUGUAUAACAUGAAAACCAUGGGAUUGUGAAUGGUCUCUGAAUGAAUCAGAGCUAUCCUCACUACUCAUACUUUACAUUUUAGAGCGUUUUAUACAAAACAAAACAAAACAGCAGUGAUCCAAAUUGAAACAUGGCAAGUGUGGGGUUUGCACCCAUAACGUUUCUCUGGUUAGUCUCUUUACUCAUUCUUACUUCAACAGUCUCCGGCGACACCUAUAUACGGCUGCCAGCUGUCAAACACGUGGCCCUCUUCGUCUUCGGCGAUUCACUAUACGAUCCUGGUAACAACAAUUUCAUCAACACCAUUCCUGAAUACCAAGCCAACUUCCCUCCUUAUGGAAAGACUUUUUCAAGUUUUCCCCCCGGUAGAUUCUCCGACGGUCGUUUAAUCCCUGAUUUUAUCAGUGAAUAUGCGAGGCUUCCAUUGAUUCCCCCGUAUUUAAAGCCUGGGGUUACCGACUAUGCAUAUGGAGUGAACUUUGCAUCUGGUGGAGCUGGAGCCCUUGUUGAGACUCAUCAAGGUUUUGUGGUAGACCUUCAUGCUCAAGUAAGCUAUUUCAAGAAAGUAAAGAAACAGUUGUGUCAAACACUAGGCCCUUCAAAAGCCCAGAAAUUGAUCUCUAAAGCUGUUUUCUUGUUUAGUGUGGGAAGCAACGAUUACAUGUCUCGUUAUAAGAAAGAAAGUGUUGGCAUGGUGUUAGGCAAUUUGACUCAAGUCCUUCAAGAAUUAUACGAUAUUGGAGGAAGGAAAUUUGGUUUUGUAAACAUUCCCCCAAUAGGUUGUCUUCCAGGGAUAAAAAUGCUUAAACCAGAAAACAAUGGUGCCUGCUUUGAUGAAUUCACAUCUCUAUCUAAACUACACAACCUAUUACUUCCCAAAGUCCUAAGAAAUAUACAGAUUGAACUUGAUGGUUUCAACUACACAACGUUUGAUUUUUUUACUUCUGUGAGUAAAGUAAUGGACCACCCGUCAAAAUAUGGUUUCAAAUAUGCUAGUACGGCAUGUUGUGGGAGUGGUCCGUACAGAGGAGUUUAUAGCUGUGGUGGGAAGAGAGGAGAGACAGAGUUUGAGUUGUGUGAUGAUGUUGGUGAUUAUUUUUUCUUUGAUUCUCUUCAUCCAUCUGAGAAGGCAUGCAAGCAAUUAUCACAGAUGUUUUGGACUGGGGGCCCUGAUGUCACUUGGCCUUACAAUCUUGAGGAAUUUUUUAAAUUUUAAAUGGAUUUGAAAUGAAUACUAUCAUUGUGUGUAUGAAACUAUAGUCAUAAAUUGAGAAUAAAUGAAUUAAGUCCAUGAA